UAUAACUAUCUUUUUUGCAGAUAAUAUACGUUUUAAUCUUUUUUUUUUUAUAUAUAUUUUUAAAUUGAAGUGUAAUGUUGUCCUUUCGAGGAAUAUGUUUAUUAUUAAUGUCAUGUUGUGGAAUUGUUACGUCAGUUAUCGUCAUUCCGCGACCAAUUCUCGAUGUCGCUGACGUCACAUCCUAUUCUAUUACGCUAAAUUGGACUUUGCCGAUCAACGAACUUUUUGAUGAAUUUGUAGUUGAGAUUUCUCCCGAAGAAGGAGAUGUUUUAGAUUUUGAGCCAAAAGAAAUGAAGAGAAGUUUUAUUAAUCUAACACCUGGAACUUUAUAUACAUUCACUGUGCGCACAGUGCGACAAGAAACAUUCAGCGACACAUCUGUAUUGUUGCAAGAUACGGUACCCCUCCCUCCCAACGAACUCGAACUUCGAACCUUCGACACUUUGGUUCUUGUACUCGGAGGUCCUUACUUUCAAGAUACCGAAUUCACUGUUGAUAUCCACGGGGUCGAAGCAACUUGGGGAGAGCCAGCGGAUGGAAUAUCGGAAUGUUAUCACGCGGAAAUUUUUGAUGAGGAUGGCCUACAGGCAAUUCCAGGAGGAGAAGGCGAGGUCGACAGAGGCGAUACUUUGAGACAAUUCGUAAACUUAACUCCAGGAAAGAAUUACAAAGUUACGGUAUAUUCUUCAACUUGCGGAGAAGGCCAUUUAGGAGAACUGAGGAGUGAUGGAAUCUCAUCGGAAAUUCGACUUCCGCCUGCAGAUCCUCCAACGAUCAUUGUAGAAGAAGUGACAACCACUACAUCAGAAUUAAGAUGGGAUAAAGAGAAAAUUGAAGGAUUUUACGACGAUUUUGAGGUUGUUCAAGUUGGCGAUUCACCCAGCAGUAUUGUCAUCGAUGAUCCUGCAUCUCGUACAACUCUUGGUAGAAAUUUAUCAAAUUUAAUACCGUGUUCAAAAUAUGAAGUUGAUGUCUAUACUUUACUCGACGGACAAAGAAGUAAAAAUGGACAACGGGCAAUUGUUGAAACACUUCCGAAUGAUCCAAUAGACCUUGUUCUCGUCGACUUCACCGAAUCAUCUGCAACUUUGGAAUGGCGCCAGCCUAUCGGUUCAACUUUAUUUGGUUACAUUAUUCAAACGACACCACCGCCAGAAAAACCGCUUCGGACAAAUGAAACAAGUAUUACACUUGAAGGAUUGCUUCCUGGAAUCCAAUACAAAAUUGAAGUAAAAUCGGUUUGUCAACUGACGGAACAAACCCUAAGUACUGGAACUACAACAACUAUGACAACAAAGCCACUUCCUCCUGUCGUAACAACAUCCGAAUGUACUUACAUUGGUACUGAUGACGAAACUAAAUCUUUGUAUGAACUUGUACCUUGGGAAGCUCCUGACCCUUCGAGAAUAAAUUUGACCUGGUCAAAACCAACUUCCGGGUCGUGGGAUAACUUCCUGGUUGAUUACUCACCCUAUGAGUUUGAGCAAGGUCUUUCAUCACCGAGUGCUCCGAUGAUACUCGGGAAUGAUGUAAUCAGAACAGAGAUAAACAUACCGGUAUCAGGCAGAGUCAUCACUGCAUCUAUAAGAACAAUAAGUAACAAUGUGGUGAGCGAACCCGUGGUCAAGUCAAUAUUUUGUGGAGGUCCUGACGGCGAGUCAUCUCUGAGGUGUCGAAGUAUUUUACUCUAUUGGACAAUCAAAAUAACGCCAAUAGAGAAUGCCACAAAAUUACUGGUUGAAAUACCAAGUUAUCCCAUAUACAAUGCAACGGUUUUUAUGGGCGAUUCGAAUGAAGUGUUGAUGUUUUAUAAUCAUACAUUUACUAUUCGAAAUCCUUGCGAUAAAGGACCGGCAUCGCGGAUCACCGUCUUCCCACAGUGUCCUUCCAUACUUCCAUUUUGUCCAACAAUAACAAGAAGACUUUGCACCAAUCGACGAGGCCAUGUUGAGGACUUGGUAAUUCCUGACGCAUGUUGCAACAGUAGAUUGUACAAUACCGAUAAUGAGGUAUGCUGCCACAGCAAACUAUUGAAAAAAUUUGAAAGAUCAACAGAAGAAUGCUGCGUAACAAGAUGGUACAACAGAAAAACACAAAAAUGUUGUGAAACAAAUCCUUUAACAAAAUAUCAUGUAGUUAAAAAUGGUGCUUGCUAGUCGCCAAUGCCACAAUGUUUUUAUUUAUUUACCCAAUACCACUGAUGCCAGAUUUGGGCGGAACUUUCAUGUGUAGAGUUACUUUUAUUUCUCACCGCUAGCAAACUGGGGUUUUCAGGCAAACACCCCUUUAUGUUAAAAAUGGCUUCAAGCUAUCUAGAAAGAAUGGACCUAUCAAUUAUUAUAACUGACCGCUUUUCUCGCCUUAGAAAGCGUGAAUUAUGGAUAUAUAAAUGAAGGAAGACAGUAGUUAUUUUCUAUAUUUUUUUUGUAUUUGUGCUAUCGAUUGGGUUUCUACAGGACUAAAUACUUAUCCUUUUUCUAUGCUUUUGUGUGGGUGGAUCCGUAUGCAUAUAAUGCAAAGAUACCGUAGCAAGAGUGAAGAGCAACUAUCCUACGUGAUUCAAGAGUCUUGCUGGUGGCUGCGCACCAACAGCAAACAAUUGUAUUUUCUUGCUUUAUGACAUGGACAACAUUCACAAAAUUUCAAUCUGUUGCGCCAAAUAUGGUAUCUGAAUAUUUAUCAAUAACACAUGGUCAAUCAUGCUUGUAUUGACGAUAUCUAAGAAAUUUAUGUAUAUUUAUUUUAAUUUGUGUAUCUAUGAAUCAUGUGUUCACAUGCUGUGGUUUUUUAAAAUUAGUUUCAAUAAAUGAGCAAUGAGAAAUAUA